UGCGCACGAGAGAUGGACCGCAUGGAUGGUUGUGGUCCUGGCUAUUAAACUGAGGAAGACACAAUGGAUCUGGCAUAUAUCUGUGAGUGGGAGAAGCGUCCAAAGAGUAACCACUGCCCAUCCAUUCCACUGGUCUGUGCCUGGUCUUGUCGCAAUUUGAUUGCUUUCACCACAGACCUCAAAAAUGAGGAGGAAAAAGACCUCACCCAUAUGGUCCACAUCCUUGACACAGAACAUCCGUGGGACGUCCACUCCAUCAAUUCUGGACACAUUGAGAUAAUUACCUGCUUGGAAUGGGAUCAGUCAGGAUCCAGACUGCUUUCUGCUGACGCUGAUGGGCACGUCAAAUGUUGGAGUAUGAUGGACCACCUGGCCAACAGUUGGGAGAGUGAGGUGGGCAGUGAAGUGGAAGGAGACCCAAUAGUGGCACUUUCUUGGCUGCACAAUGGGGUGAAACUGGCUUUGCACGUGGAGAAGUCUGGAGCAUCCAAUUUUGGUGAGAAAUUCUCCCGGGUCAAGUUCUCCCCAUCGUUGACCCUCUUUGGGGGGAAACCUAUGGAGGGCUGGAUCGCAGUAACCAUCAGCGGGCUGGUCACUGUCUCACUGCUGAAGCCCAACGGACAAGUGCUGACCUCCACGGAGAGCCUCUGUCGCCUGCGCUGCCGAGUGGCCUUGGCUGAUAUUGCUUUCACUGGCGGAGGCAACAUUGUGGUGGCCACGUCAGAUGGCAGCAGUGCCUCUCCAGUCCAGUUCUACAAAGUCUGCGUCAGUGUGGUGAACGAGAAGUGUAAGAUUGACACAGAAAUCCUCCCUUCCUUGUUCAUGCGCUGCACCACAGACCCAGCUCGGAAAGACAAAUAUCCUGCAAUCACCCACUUGAAAUUUCUAGCACGGGACAUGUCUGAGCAGAUGCUGCUCUGUGCCUCCAGUCAGAACAAUAGCAUUGUGGAGUGCUGGUCACUCCGGAAAGAAGGACUGCCGGUUAACAACAUUUUUCAGCAGAUUUCUCCCACAGUUGGGGACAAGCCACCGAUGAUCUUAAAAUGGCGGAUCCUUUCAGCCACUAAUGACCUGGACCGAGUUUCUGCUGUGGCAUUACCCAAACUGCCAAUUUCUUUGACCAGCACCGAUUUGAAGGUAGCAAGUGACACCAAGUUCUACCCAGGUUUAGGCCUGGCGCUUGCUUUCCAUGAUGGCAGCGUCCACAUCAUCAACCGCCUCUCCUUGCAAACCAUGGCGGUGUUCUACGGCUCCACCUCACAGCGACCGGUGGAUGACCAGGCCAUCAAACGGCAGAAAACUUCGGGGCCACUAGUCUACUUCAAAGCGAUGCAGUUGUCUUGGACUUCGCUGGCCUUAGUUGGAGUCGAUAGCCACGGAAAGCUUAGCAUGUUCAGGAUCUCCCCCUCCAUGGGGCACGUUCUGGAUAUGAAUAUUUCCCUCCGUCACUUGCUUUUCCUGUUGGAGUACUGCAUGGUGACAGGGUAUGACUGGUGGGACAUUCUGCUUCAUGUCCAGCCCAGCAUGGUACAGAAUCUGGUGGAAAAGCUGCACGAGGAAUACAUGCGCCAGAAUGCCGCCCUGCAGCAGGUUCUGUCCACGCGCAUCAUUGCCAUGAAAGCCUCACUUUGCAAGCUCUCCUCCAGUACGGUGGCACGCGUCUGCGAUUACCACGCCAAGCUUUUCCUGAUCGCCAUCAGUUGCACGCUGAAAUCCCUGCUCCGCCCCCCAGUCCUCAACAUGCCCGACAAGACACCUGGAGACAGACUGACUGAGAUCUGUGCCAAGAUCACCGAUAUAGAUAUCGACAAAGUGAUGAUUAAUUUGAAGACAGAAGAAUUUGUGCUGGAGAUGACCACCUUGCAAUCUCUCCAGCAACUGAUCCAGUGGGUUGGGGACUUUGUGCUCUAUUUGCUCGCCAGUCUCCCGAACCAGGGUUCUGGACCUGCAUCAGGACCUGUUCGCCCAGGUCACAGUUUCCUUCGGGAUGGGGCCUCCCUGGGGAUGCUCCGUGAGCUGAUGGUCAUGAUCCGGAUCUGGGGCCUCUUGAAGCCAAGCUGUCUUCCCAUUUAUACGGCCACGUCUGAUACGCAGGACAGCAUGUCCCUCCUCUUCCGGCUUCUUACCAAAUUGUGGUUGUGCUGCCGUGACGAAGGGCAUCCCAGCGAGCCGGACGAUACCUUGAUCGACGAAUGUUGUCUCCUACCCAGCCAGCUCCUCAUCCCAAACAUGGAUUGGCUUCCGGUGAACGAUGCCAUCAUCAGCAAGCUGCAGAACAAGCAGCCAGUCCGGCUGCAGUUUGGAAAGCCUCCCGGGAUCAUUGGGCACUCCGCUCCAGUUCCGUGCGACGCGUUUACCAGGACUACUGGGUACCCAAAGAUUGACCACCUGCGGCGGCUCCAUCUUGGAGCUUAUCCUACUGAAGAAUGCAAGUCCUGUACAAGGUGCGGCUGUGUUACAAUGCUCCGUUCCCCCAAUAAGACCACGGCUGUGAAACAGUGGGAGCAGCGAUGGAUCAAGAAUUGCCUUUGUGGUGGUCUUUGGAGAAGAAUGCCCCUCAGCUAUUCAUGAUGGAUGCCAGGACUCUUUGCCUUACCCAGAUGGGAUUUGUGAGGAGUUUUGCAGCUUACUCCAGAAACUCAAUUCAAAAAUAAAAACAUCCUGGAGGAAAAAAACACCCCAACAUAAGAUACAACUUCCAGAAAGAGUUGCAGGUGGACUUUCUUGGGCCAAAGCACCAAGAGAAAUCAAUGGGAGGCACUGGAGGACUUUGAAUUGAUUGGCACUUCUGGUAGCAAAUGGAAUUUGGCCAGUGCCAAAGUUGCAUUAAUAUCCCUAAAUUGCACCUCAGUUUUUCCUCUUAUUAAAAAUGGCAGCUUUUAGUUCAACAUUCAGGAAGGGUUAAAAUGCUGCAUUAAAAAAAUGAAGCAUAUUUUAGCAUUGUUCAAUUUGCAGAAAAGUAGACAAUUAUAGGAAAGAGAAGAGCUUUUCUUGGUAUAUGGAUUUGCUUCACGCAGAAAAUUGGGGGGGAGAAGGUUUGGGGAGACAGUCUAACUAUGAACAUUCUCCCCUAUUUUUCUUUCCAUUUGCUCAAAACUCCCUGUGUCUAGAACAGAGAUCUCCAAACUUGGCAACUUUAAGACUUGUGGACUUCAACUCCCAGAAUUCUCCAGUCAGCUAUGCUAUGUCAUACUGGCUGGAGAAUUCUGGGAAUUGAAGUCCACAAGUCUUAAAGUUGCCAAAUUUGGGGGGGGCCUGGUCUAGAAACUCAUAUGUUGGGAAACUGAGGUUAAACUAUUCCAGUCCUUCUCUACUUCUGCCUGCGGUCUGAAAUAAUCCAGCCUAAAAUUCUUCCAUUUCCAGAAGAGUUUGUUCUUCUCUCACAUACAGCUGAUAUGUCUGCUUUUGAACUUCUAGCUCUAUAUAAUUCAAAGACUAUUUCUUUGAAAAGUAUGUGAUGAUAUAAGGAUUUGAAAACCACAACUUUGAUCUUAUCCUUUUUAAAAAUUUCCUGGGCUACGAGACUUCAGACUCCACAGAUCCUUCUGUUAAAAUCUAGGGAGGGAAAGGAGUCUCCUGCAUAGGAGUUGCAAUUUUUUUUGCAUUUUUUUUUUAGUCUCUGACAAAUAAGCGGGUGCCUUUCUUUGUGCCCAAUAAUUCUGUGUUUUCUCAGAAGGUGGUGACAGCAAAGAAGAUAAAAAUAUUCAUGGAUAAGCAAUGGUUUUGUUCAUAUUGUAACAGGAUCUAGUUUGUACAGAUUAUAAUUACAGAGUUUUGUAUGCUUUGUAAAUUGAGAACUUUUUUUAUUCUUCGUUUUUCCUCAUGAAGUACUUCCCCCUCUCUCUGAACUUUUAAAGCAA